UUUUUUUUUCAAGUUGCUUGAUCUUUCCUGAUAUUAUCCUGAAUUUUUGUUCAUGGAUUAAAUAACUUUACAAAUUAUAAUACUGUGGUAGAAACAAACUCAGAUUCAGAUGAUGAAGACAAACUCCAUAUUGUGGAAGAAGAAAGCAUCACAGAUGCAGCCGACUGUGAAGGCGGCGUGCCAGACGAUGACCUGCCCUCAGACCAGACAGUGUUGCCCGGGAGUAGCGCGAGAGAAGGGAGUGCAAAGAGCUGCUGGGAGGACGAUGCAGGAAAGGAAGGACAAGAAAUCCUGGGGCCAGAAGCUCGGGCAGAUGAAGUGGGAUGUGCAGUAAAAGAUGAUGAAUGCGACUCAGAUGCAGAAAAUGAACAAAACCAUGAUCCUAACGUUGAAGAGUUCCUGCAACAACAAGAUACUGCAGUCAUCUACCCCGAGGCACCCGAGGACGACCAGAGGCAGGGCACGCCGGAGGCCAGCGGGCAUGACGAAAACGGAACACCAGAUGCAUUUUCCCAGUUGCUCACCUGUCCGUAUUGUGACAGAGGAUAUAAACGCUUUACCUCUCUGAAAGAACACAUUAAGUAUCGCCACGAGAAGAAUGAAGACAACUUCAGCUGCUCCCUGUGCAGCUACACGUUUGCAUACAGAACCCAGCUCGAGCGCCACAUGACCUCCCACAAAUCAGGACGAGAGCAGAGACAUGUGACGCAGUCUGGGGGUAAUCGUAAAUUCAAGUGCACUGAAUGUGGAAAAGCUUUCAAAUACAAACACCAUCUAAAAGAGCACUUAAGAAUCCACAGUGGAGAGAAGCCAUAUGAAUGCCCAAACUGCAAGAAACGUUUUUCCCAUUCUGGUUCCUACAGCUCACACAUAAGCAGUAAGAAAUGUAUCAGCCUGAUGCCUGUGAACGGGCGGCCAAGAACAGGGCUCAAGACCUCGCAGUGUUCCUCACCCUCCCUCUCAGCCUCUCCGGGCAGUCCCACGCGACCACAGAUGCGGCAGAAGAUAGAGAACAAGCCCCUUCAAGAGCAACUUCCCGUAAACCAGAUUAAAACUGAACCUGUGGAUUAUGAGUUCAAACCCAUAGUGGUUGCUUCAGGAAUCAACUGUUCAGCCCCUCUACAGAACGGGGUUUUCAGUGGUGGUGGCCCCUUACAGGCAACCAGUUCUCCUCAGGGUGUGGUGCAGGCCGUUGUUCUGCCAACGGUGGGUUUGGUGUCCCCCAUCAGCAUCAAUUUAAGUGAUAUUCAGAAUGUACUUAAAGUGGCGGUAGAUGGUAACGUCAUCAGGCAAGUUUUGGAGAAUAAUCAAGCCAAUCUUGCAUCCAAAGAACAAGAAACAAUCAAUGCUUCAUCCAUCCAGCAAGGCGGCCAUUCUGUUAUUUCAGCCAUCAGUCUUCCUCUGGUUGAUCAAGAUGGAACAACCAAAAUCAUCAUUAACUACAGUCUUGAACAACCUAGCCAACUUCAAGUUGUUCCUCAGAAUUUGAAAAAAGAAACCCCAGUCCCUACCAACAAUUGCAAAAGUGAAAAGUUACCAGAAGAUCUUACUGUUAAGUCUGAAAAGGACAAAAGCUUUGAAGGGGGAGGGAAUGACAGCACUUGCCUCCUGUGUGACGACUGUCCCGGGGACAUCAAUGCACUUCCGGAGCUAAAGCACUAUGACCUGAAGCAGCCCGCCCAGCCCCCUCCGCCCCCCACCCCAGAAGCUGCCAAGCCCGAGGCCUCCGUUCCAUCGGGGUCCGGAGAUGGCAGUUUGUCUCCCAGUCAGCCACCUUUAAAGAACCUCUUGUCUCUUCUGAAAGCAUAUUAUGCUUUGAACGCACAGCCAAGUGCAGAAGAGCUCUCAAAAAUUGCUGAUUCCGUGAACCUACCACUGGAUGUAGUGAAAAAGUGGUUUGAAAAGAUGCAAGCAGGACAGAUCUCAGUGCAGUCUUCUGAACCAUCUUCCCCGGAACCAGGCAAAGCCAACACCCCUGCCAAGAGCGAUGAUCAGCCUCAGGCUGCAGAUGCAGAUGAAGCCCAGGACAGCACAGGGAACCGCCAGAGCCCUCUGAAGAGAGCUAGCUCUCCCGUCUUACCAGGGGGCUCGGCCGUCAAUGGUUCCAGAAGCAGCGCCUCCUCCCCUUCCCCACUGAACCUCUCUUCCUCCAGAAGCGCACAGGGUUACUCGUACCCGACAGAAGGGGCGCAGGAAGAGCCGCAGGUCGAACCUCUUGAUCUCUCACUACCAAAGCAGCAGGGCGAGUUAUUGGAAAGGCCAACUAUCACUAGUGUUUACCAGAACAGUGUUUAUUCUGUCCAGGAAGAACCCUUGAACUUGUCUUGUGCAAAAAAGGAGCCACAAAAGGACAGUUGUGUUACAGACUCAGAACCAGUUGUAAAUGUAAUCCCACCAAGUGCCAACCCCAUAAAUAUUGCUAUACCUACCGUCACUGCCCAGUUACCCACGAUCGUGGCCAUCACUGACCAGAACAGCGUUCCGUGCUUGCGAGCACUGGCUGCCAACAAGCAGACCAUCCUGAUCCCCCAGGUCGCCUACACAUACUCAACCGCAGUCAGCCCAGCGGUCCAGGAAACACCCUUGAAGGUGAUCCAGCCCAAUGGAAAUCAGGAUGAAAGGCAAGACACUAGCUCAGAAGGAGUAUCCAACGUAGAGGAUCAGAACGACUCCGAUUCCACGCCCCCCAAAAAGAAAAUGCGGAAGACAGAAAACGGAAUGUAUGCUUGUGAUUUGUGUGAUAAGAUAUUUCAAAAGAGUAGCUCACUGUUGAGACAUAAAUACGAACACACAGGUAAAAGGCCCCACGAGUGUGGCAUCUGCAAAAAGGCGUUUAAACACAAGCAUCACCUGAUCGAGCACAUGCGCCUGCACUCCGGGGAGAAGCCCUACCAGUGCGACAAGUGCGGGAAGCGCUUCUCCCACUCGGGCUCCUACUCCCAACACAUGAACCACCGCUACUCCUACUGCAAGAGGGAGGCCGAGGAGCGGGAGCCCCCCGAGUCGGGGGCUGCGGGCCCAGGGGUCCCACCCGAGCAGCACGCGGGGCAGGGCGACUCGGACGAGAGGGAGAGCUCGACGCGGGAGGAGGAUGAGGACAGCGACAAGGAGGAGGAGGAGGAGGAGGAGGAGCGGGAGCUGGAGGAGCUGGAGGAGAAGGGAAGUGGAGUGGCGCGAGGGCCGGAGGAGGUGGAGGACGGAGAGGAGGACGGCGAGGAGGAGAUGGACGACGAGGAGGACGAGGACGAGGAGGUGGAGGAUGAAGGGGAGAGAGCAGAAACGGAAGGUGUGGGGCAGGGGGCGGGGGCUGGAAGCCAGGCCCACAGCUUAGAACACAAAGUAAGUGAGGGCAGCGAGCAGGUGUCCGAAGAGAAAACAAAUGAAGCCUAAUAGUUUUUCUAGAAAAGAAAGAAAAUUCUAAUUGGUAAUGAAGUUUUGUUCUAUAUUAUACAUGCUUUUCAUGGAAACACAGUAACCUGUAUACUGUGAUUUCUGUUCACUACUGUGUAAAGUAAAAAUUUAAAAAAACACAAAAUCAAAAAAAAAAAAAAACCACACAAAAAAAAAUCCGGGUGUGCCUGAACCUCAGACCUAGUAAUUUUUCAUGCAUUUUUCAAAGUUAGGAACAAGUUUGUAACAUGAAGCAGAUUAGAAAACGUAAUGACUCAGAAAGCAGAGAUUUAACAGGUUAAAGAAAGCUAAUUGAUUAGAUGAGCACCUGACAUUGUUUCAUUUUAUCAGUAUUAAUUAGCACUCUUACGUUGGUUUAUUCUUAAGCUGUACAAUUGGGAGAAAUUUUAUAAUUUUUUAUUGGUAAACAUAUGCUAAAUCCGCUUCAGUAUUUUAUUAUGUUUUUUAAAAUGUGAGAACUUCUGCACUACAGAAUUCCCUUCACGGAGAAGUAUAAUGCAGUUCCAAACCGUGCUAACUACCUUUUCUAAAUUCAACCUAGAAGGUAGUCAUUUCUAAUAUUUAGAUGUCACAGUAGAGCGUAUUCUCAUUUAAAGUGUAUUGUUAGCCUUAAGAAAGCAGCCGCUAGAAGAGCUGAAGUUUCUUACUCAUGUGGUUUAAAAUGGAGUUGACGAGAUUGCCGUUGAGUUCUGAUUGCAGGGACUAACAGUGUUGAUACUGGUGAGACAGCAGAGACGUCAGAAUCAGUGUUUGUAAUUGUGUUUGCGUACGUGGUACACAAAUAUGAAGGAUGUGAUAUGAAGCUUUGUAUCUCCUCUGGCCUUAAGCAAGACCUGUGUGCUGUAAGUGCCAUUUAUCAGUAUUUUCAAGGCUCUGACCAGCCUCCGUUCAUGCGUGGCCUACAAUAACUAGCAUUUGUUGAUUUGUUUCUUGUAUCAAAAUUCCAAAAUAAACUUAAAAACCACUGACUCUGUCAGAGAAGCCAAACACUGGGACAUUUCACCCUUUAAUUCCUCAGUAUUCAUUUUGCGUUAAUUGACUUUCAGAAUUUCUCUACCGAAACUAAAGGGAAAUUUUCUAAUCUGCUUUAUCCAUGUACUUGCAUUUCAAACAUGGACCUGCCAUUGUUAUUUGGCUCAUAACUGUUUCCAAAUGUUAGUUAUUAUGGACCCAGUUUAUUAACAACAUUAGCUGAUUUUUACCUAUCAGUAUUAUUUCUUUUAGUUUAUAGAUCUGUGCAACAUUUUUGUACUGUAUGUCUUCAAACUUGGCAGUAUUAAUACCCUUCUUACUGACAUAUGUACUUUUAGUUUUAGAAAACUUUUAUAUUUAUGUGUCUUAUUUUUAUAUUUCUUUAUUUAUUACACAGUGUAGUGUAUAAUACUGUAGUUUGUAUUAAUACAAUAAUAUAUUUUAGUAUGAAAAUUUGGAAAGUUGAUAAGAUUUAAAGUAGAGAUGCAAUUGGUUCUCUUGCAUUGAGAUUUGAUUUAACAGUGUUAUGUUAACAUUUAUACUUGCCUUGGACUGUAGAACAGAAUUUAAAUGGGAAUGUAUUAGUUUUACAACUGCAAUCAAGUCAUUUUACCUUUACCCAGUUUUUAAUAUAAAACUCUUAAAUUUUGAAAUUCACUGUGUGACUAAUAGCAUGAUGCUCUGCGGUUUUAUUAAGAGAUUAGUCUAACCAUAAAACUCUCAUUUCCUUAGGAAGCCAAAUUAGGAUAACCUCAUGUAAACAGUGUUGGGAACAAUGUUUAACAUUUUGUGCCAAUUUGUUCCUGUAUUCAUGUAUGUAAGUUACAAAUCUGACUCUUCAUUUUUAAGUUCCUUGUUACACCAUGGUCAUUUUCUAGUUUUUUACCAGACUCCCCAUCUCACAAUAAAAUGCAUCAACAAGCCUGA